AUGGGGAAGGCUUUGACUGAGGUGUUACCUAACACAUGGCACGGCUUGUGUAUAUGGCAUCUAAUGCAAAAUGGUAUAAAGCAUAUGGGCUACAUGAUGAAAGAUGGUUCAAAAUUUUUAGUAGACUUGAAGAAGUGUAUGUUUCAUUAUGAUGAUGAAUCACAAUUAGAAAUUGCAUGGGAUAAACUAAGGAGUGAUCAUCAGGUUGAAGAAAAUUCAUGGUUAGACCGUAUUUAUUGUCUUAAAUAUAAAUGGGCCAAGUGCUACAUGAAGGAAACAUUGACUAUAGGAAUGCGGAGUACACAACUAAGUGAAAGUAUAAAUGGUGACAUGAAAGAUUACUUAAGUUCAACUCUUAACCUUGUACAAUUUUUCAAGCACUUCGAAAGGGUUGUGGUUGACAAGCGUGCUAACGAGUUGAAGGCAGAGUUUGAUACAAGAAAUAAACUUCCAAGAAAUUUAUUCAUAAACUCACCUGUUAUGAAUCAAGCAGCAAGAGUUUACACUCCUAAAAUAUUUGAAAAACUUCAGAAACAGUAUGAAUGGAUUCCAGCAUGCUACAUCAAGAAAAUUAUUCGGAAUGGCACCUGUUAUGAAUGUGUAGUCUCAACAUUUGGAAAAGAAGAUGAAUGUACAGUGUCAUGCAACCUAAAGGAGCAUAUGAUUCGUUGUAGUUGUAGAAAAUUUGAGACAUUCGGCAUUCUUUGUCGGCAUGUUUUUAAAGUUCUAGAUGUCAAUGAUUUUAAAUACAUUUCAGGUGCAUAUAUAUUGAGGAGAUGGACACGGACAGCAAGAAGUACAAUUGUACAUGAUACUGAAGGAAAAGUUGUUGUGGAUGAUGUCCAAUUGGAUUGUUCACAAAGGUAUAUGCGUAUUUGUCCUAAAUUGGUUAGGAUUGCAGCAAUAACAUCAAAUUCAUCUGAGGGUUAUGCUUAUGUGGACAAUGUUGCUGAUGAGAUCUGUACACAUCUGAAAAUUUUAAAUAUUAGCUUUGAUGGGCAGGAUGAUGAAAGAGUUCUAGUUAAAGAUACUGUUGUCAACAAUGGAUUAACUCUCAAGACAAAAAAUGGUCCAAAAGAAGGUGGUAGACGCAAGAAGAGUUGGGUGGAAAAUCAAGGAAAGAAAAAGAAAAAAAGUGUUAAGGGAAUGACGGAUGAUUCUUCACAGGAAAUGCAACAAGCUUGUACACCUUUUGAAAUACACCAUUCGAUUUCACCUUUUGAAAUGCAACAAGCUCAUUCGCCUUUUGAACCUGACCAAAUGAAUGACAAUCAAAGUUUCAGUACUACAUUGUUGAGAAAGAGAAAGACGGAAAUAGAGGGUCAGGUUUCAGAAGCAAUGGCAACGUCUAACUCUCGAUAUGUAGAGGAUGAAUUUCAGACAUCGGAUUAG